GGUACUCGGCUUGACCGUCGGGAAGCAAGAACAUGGAGGGAAGAGUGUAAUCGUAAAAAGUGUACACUAUCAGUUCACAUUGAGACCAACCAUGGGAAUGUAAGCGGGACCACUAACGGUGGGACCUUUUUUGCUGGAUUAGAGAGAGAUAUGUCCAAGAAAAGAAAAUAUCAAGAAAAUAAGAUGCUAACUCCGACGAGCGUUAUACCCGAGAAAAAAAGACAAUCUGUUUCGAAUAUCCGAUCUAUCAAUGAGGCUAAUGAAAUCGUUGAGGGUACUAUAUUGAUCACUGACCGAAUGUUUACAGAACGAAAAGAAACGGUCUACAACCCGAUUGAAACAGAAUUAACUCCAAAUGAAAAAAAAGAGACCUUGAUCAAUACACAUGAUGAGGAUAUCAUUGACAAUAUCGUAUUACGUGAUAUGUAUCUCGAUACACGACGGGAAAUCCGUGACCGUAUUUCGCAAAAGGAUGCAAGUUCACCAUUCUGA